CUCUCUCUCUCUCUCUCUCUGCUUUGUUCCCACACCAAUGCGCCAAAACGAGGCGAUCCAAUUUCAAUUCUUCUUCUGGCUUGGUCAUUUUUAUCCUACUGUCUUCUCCUCGCGCGCAUCGGCAACCCUAGUAAUGAUACUUCUGAGUUCGACCAUAGCCUCGUUGCCUUCUUUCGUUCUUUAAUCACAAUCUUUCCAAAUGCCGCCGGCUAAGUCAAAAGCGAACCACGACGACGCAAAGUCGGAGACGGCGAGCGUCAAAGAUCGGAACGGCCACGGAUCUAAUCAUAAUCAAUCGAAUGGAAAACUUCGACGUGUUGGCAGUUCCACGGGCUCACAAUUGCGAGACGUAACAGCUGUCAACGGUAGCUCCUCGACUGCACCAGCUUCUGCGUCACAACCAAACCACACUCCAGGGUUGCAAUGGCCGUCCUUUGAACGAGAUGUCCUCCACGACUACCGUCGCAAAUACCUCCUCCACACCCCGACCGCUUUUGCCAACCCGUACCAUCACUGGGUGCUUUCGCGACCAGGAAUCGGCUUGCGAUCGCCUACCAUGGCACGAAAAUUAGAAUACCGACGCCAGAGUAAGGAAAACCUUACGAAGGUCGUGAGAAAACAUUUCAAUGCCCUCGGCGUACAGGAAACCGAUGUCAUUGUUGACUUUGUUCACAAGGUCAGGAAUCCAGGCGUUGGGAAGAUUAAAAGGAACAAAGAUUUACCACACUCUUCUCCAUUACCAUGAUGCAUAUACCCUAUGAGAGCGAGAAUUGUUUACCCUUCUGGAUUCGGGCGCUACUUUUAUUGUUGUAGAUACAGCAUCAUAAUCAUUAUCGUGUCGCUAGGCUCGUAGUGAGUCUUUGCAUACGUUUGGGUUUCUUGCAUUUUUUUUUUGCAUUAUCCUGGAGUUUUAGCGCUUGGGUGGGACUCUCACGGAGGAACAAGGGCUGACGACUAUGAUGAAUGGGUAGCAUAAAGGGACACUCCGAGGCUCUAGGAUAGGGCUUCACAGGUAUAUAAAGGAGGGUUUUGCUAUUCAAUUAGGUCAAAUACUAAUUCGGGAUUGUAUUAUUAUUGUUAUUAAGUAGAAGCCGUUAUCUACUUCUCGUACGAAAUAUUUCUUAUCGUAUAAAAUGCUUAUUAUUGUUUCCGCUUUGUGGGUACCUCUUUGGUUCCUGGCCCUCUUUGGUUCCUGGCUGCCACUUUUUUGAGUUUCGCGGUUCUGCAAUAGCGUAGGACCGAACCCCUCACGCGGGACCUGGACGCGCGCUCUCAUUUCCUAUUACUAAUUAAAUUGAGAUUGGCCGCGCUUCUUUAAGUGGCACCACAUCUGGCGUAACUCCGAAUUGAAGUUCGAAUACUCAGGUGGGUAAUAUGUAUGUAUGUAUGUAUGUUGUACCUGCAAAU